ACCAACUUGUACUCUCUAAACCCUUCCCUUCCCUGUUUAACUUAAACUAUUGAAACAUGGUGGCCCUGAAAUCGAGUCUUUACCUCCUCGCAGGCAUUCUCAGCAUGACCUCCACCGUGGUCGCCUGGGAUCCCUACGGCGACUACCUCGACACCCGCUCACUCGACUUCUACGAUACCUACGACGCCCGCGGGUUCGACGAUGAUCACGAGCUCCGCGGGUUCGACGACGAUGACUUUGUCCUUAGCGCUCGCGACCUCGCUCGCCUCAACGUCCGCGCCUCCGACAUCUCCCAUGUCCUCGUCAUUCGCGCAGACAACGCCAAGGCAGAGUGCAAGAAGUUCACGGAUGCAUACAAAGCAACGAAAAAGGACUAUGAUUCGUGGAGUAAGAAGUACAAGGACGCGAAGAAGAAGAAGGAUAAGGAUGCGGAGAAGAAGGCGAGGGAUAAGAUGGAUGAGUUGAGGGAGUACGUCGAGUACAACAGGGAGGAGAUGGAGAUUUGGUGCGCGAAGGCGAAUGAUCCUGGGAGUCCGAAGGCUAAGAAGAGGAGUCCCAGUCCCCCUAAGAGGAGGAAGUAGUGUAAAUGCUCAAAGUCCUCUUUCUAGGAAGAACAGCACAUAAUCGUGGCGUCCUUUACAUCCCCUACCGCUCCUUUGUUUUCAUUAUCAAUAUUUAUUCUGGCCUGUCAUCGU